AUGGGUGAUUCAACAAUAAGCCAUGGAAUUGGAUAUAUUCCACAGCCAGAAGGUGAUCGUCGAAUGUGUGCCCUCUGCAAUACAUCAUUAGGUGAAGAAGCUGUAAUUGCAUUAAAUCGCCUUUGGCAUCCUGACCAUUUCCGUUGCCAUGCUUGUAAUGCACCAAUUAAGCAAACAUAUCAGAUUGCAGAUGGUAUGCCAUAUUGUGUGCAAUGUUUUUCUAAGAAAUAUAAUCCAAAAUGUCAUGGUUGCGGUGAGAUACUUAUCGAUUCUUGCUUGAUUGCACUUGAUAAGCAUUGGCAUCCACGUUGUUUCACGUGCGCUGCAUGCAAGCAACCAUUACCGAACGGUGAGCAUUACAUUAUCGAUGACUUGCCAUACGACCGCGAUUGUCAUUGGGAGAAACGCCUCGAGAAGCGCAUUCGUAUCACACAAGGACAUACACGGAUGGAUUAA